GAAGCAGAGAGGGGAGAGAGAGGGUGUGGGCAAGUGGAAGUUAUAUUGUGAGUUAACAUUAUUCGUUCUUUUCCCCAGACUCUGCGCUACUGACUUAUACCACUUGUGACCUGGCUGGACCUGCUGUGUGACUAUAGCCGGCUGCAGUCUCUUCUUUGCCGUGUGCUUUGGUUAGUCUGGCUGUGUAGUGAGCUCUUGGGUGUGGUAGUUGGUCAGUCAUGGUUCUUCUGGUUGUGUUGGGUAGCCUACUCCAGAUGCUGUUCCUGCGGUCGUGUGUGGGCCAGUUCCCCCGGCCUUGCGCCAACACAGAGGCGCUUCGUACCAAGCAGUGCUGCCCGGUGUGGGAAGGGGACGGGUCGGCCUGUGGAGCCACGUCAGGCCGAGGGUUCUGUCAGGACGUGACGGUAUCGGAAGAGCCCCACGGGCCACAGUACCCACACACUGGGAUAGACGACCGAGAACGGUGGCCGCUGGCCUUCUACAACCGCACAUGCCAGUGUGCAGGUAACUACGGGGGUUUUGACUGUGGGGAGUGCAGGUUCGGCUACUUCGGCCCCGGCUGUGCCGAGCAGCGGGAGUCCGUGAGGAGGAACUUCCUCUCGCUGUCGGUGGCGGAACAACAGCGGUUCAUCGCCUACCUGAACUUGGCCAAGAACACCGUCACCGCUGACUACGUCAUUGUCACGGGAACUCGCGCUGAGAUGGGUACAAAUGGGGAGAACCCAAUGUUUUCCGACGUGAGUGUAUAUGACCUGUUUGUGUGGAUGCACUACUACGUGUCCAGGGACACACUGCUUGGGGGGCCAGGAAAUGUUUGGCCGGACAUAGACUUUGCACACGAGUCGGCAGCAUUCCUGCCAUGGCACCGAGUGUAUCUGCUGCACUGGGAGCACGAGAUCAGGAAGAUGACUGGGGAUUUUAACUUCACUAUCCCAUACUGGGACUGGCGAGAUGCAACAGACUGUACGGUGUGCACAGACAACCUGAUGGGUGGGCGGAGCCCGCUGAACCCCAACCUCAUCAGCCCAGGCUCUGUGUUCUCUUCAUGGAAGGUGAUCUGUACCCAGCCAGAGGAGUACAACAGCAGAGCAGCACUGUGUCCCGGGACAGGGGAGGGGCCACUGCUGCGCAACCCUGGUAACCACGACCCUAACCGUGUGAGGCAUCUGCCCACCUCGGCCGACGUGGACUUCGUGGUGGGUAUAGAGACUUACGAGACGGGAGCCAUGGACCGCCAAGCCAACAUGAGCUUCAGGAACUCCCUGGAGGGUUUUGCGAGUCCUGAGACGGGGAUGGCUAUAACAGGACAGAGUACGAUGCACAACGCCCUCCACGUCUUCAUGAACGGAACCAUGAGCUCAGUACAGGGCUCAGCCAAUGAUCCCAUCUUCCUCCUGCACCACACCUUCAUAGACAGUAUCUAUGAACAGUGGUUGAGGAGACACACGCCGCCUCGCUCCCACUAUCCAACAGCCAACGCUCCGAUUGGUCACAACGAUGGUUACUACAUGGUUCCCUUCCUGCCACUCUACCGCAACGGUGACUACUUCCUGGGCAACAAGGUCCUGGGUUACGAAUACUCCUACCUGCUUGACCCAGGAACGAGGUUUGUCCAGGAGUUCCUGACUCCCUACAUGCAGGAGGCUCAGCUGAUCUGGCAGUGGCUCCUGGGAGCAGGACUCAUCGGGGCCAUCCUGGCAGGAAUUGUCAUGACGACCGGGGCCCUGUUUGUCAGGAAGCGGAGCCAGAACAGGAAGAUGAAGUCGAUUUCAUCCUUCGGGGAGAGACAGCCCCUCUUACAUAGCAGCUCAGAGGAAGGAUCAGGGACCUCCUACCAGACCACACUGUAAUACACACACACACAAAGAAACACACACAACCACAAACACACACACACUAAGACACAAACACACGAAGACACACAUACUAAGACACACACACACACACACACACACACACACACACACACUCCAGAGACAUUUCAUUCCAAUAUGCCUCGUUCUGCGGCUCUUGAUCUGGUGUUUAAUCUGACACAUAUCAAACAGUAGGAAGACGUUCAGAGACAAACAUGAAAUGAUCAAUCAUAUUAAAGUCCAACUGCAGUCCAGUCCUGAGUCCCGUUCAGGACCACAACACUACAGUCAAACUGUAUGGGACAGGUAUUUGGGUCUGUUAGUGUUGGUUUUGUUUCCACUCAGUGCUGUCUAUGGGUCCCUGUCCCCAUUCCCUCCCCUAUUCCCCCCGUCCUUCCCCUCUCCCCACUGCCAUGGAGAUGCUGGUGCUAUGGGGAUGUUGUACUGUGUACUGUUGAUACUGUGUACUGUUGAUACUGUGUACUGUUGAUACUG